AUGUGUGGACAUAGGGUCGUUAUUCCAGACUCUUGCAGGGAUAAAGUUAUUAAGGAGCUUCACGAGGGGCAUAUGGGGGUAGUAAAAACGAAGGCGCUGGCUUGGAGCUAUGUGUGGUGGCCGGGCAUAGACGAGGCUGUAGAAGCAGCGUGCCGUGUCUGCACCGUGUGCGCAGCGGUAGCUGACGCCCCUCCGGCGCACGCACCGCGCUUAUGGCCAUGGCCAGACCGCCCAUGGACCAGAAUACACAUAGAUUUUUUGGGGCCGAUAGCGGGACAAACUUUCCUUAUUGUAGUUGAUGCUCAGUCAAAGUGGAUAGAGGCAAUUAAAAUGAAUAGCACUACAGCGAAAGCUGUUAUAAAGGAGUUGCGAGAAAUGUGGGCGAGAUUCGGUUUACCGAAACAAGUGGUUAGUGAUAACGGUCCUCCAUUUUUCAGUAACGAGUUCAGAUAA